AUGCUGACUGGGAGGCUGUGCUGGGUGCCGCUCCUGCUGGCGCUGGGCGUGGGGAGCGGCAGCGGCGGCGGGGACAGCGGGCGGCGCCGCCUCCUCGCGGCUAAAGUGAACAAGCACAAACCAUGGAUAGAGACUUCAUAUCAUGGAGUCAUAACAGAGAACAAUGACACAGUCAUUUUGGACCCACCAUUGGUCGCCCUGGAUAAAGAUGCACCGGUUCCUUUUGCAGGAGAAAUCUGUGCAUUCAAGAUACACGGCCAGGAGUUGCCCUUUGAGGCUGUGGUGCUCAACAAGACGUCUGGAGAAGGCCGGCUCCGUGCCAAGAGCCCCAUCGACUGUGAGCUGCAGAAGGAGUACACGUUCAUCAUCCAGGCCUAUGACUGUGGCACGGGGCCCCGGGAGACAGCCUGGAAGAAAUCUCACAAGGCCGUGGUCCAUAUCCAGGUGAAGGACGUCAAUGAAUUUGCUCCCACCUUCAAAGAGCCAGCCUACAAGGCUAUCGUGACGGAGGGCAAGAUAUAUGACAGCAUCCUGCAAGUGGAGGCCAUCGACGAAGACUGCUCCCCCCAGUACAGCCAGAUUUGCAACUAUGAAAUCGUCACAACUGAUGUGCCUUUUGCCAUCGACAGGAAUGGCAACGUCAGAAACACGGAGAAGCUGAGCUAUGACAAGCAGCACCAGUAUGAGAUCCUAGUAACCGCCUAUGACUGUGGACAGAAGCCCGCAGCGCAGGACACCCUGGUGCAGGUGGACGUCAAGCCAGUUUGCAAGCCUGGCUGGCAAGACUGGACCAAGAGGAUUGAGUACCAGCCUGGCUCAGGGAGCGUGCCCCUGUUCCCCAGCAUCCACCUGGAGACGUGCGAUGGGGCCGUUUCCUCCAUCCAGAUCACCACGGAGCUGCAGACCAACUACAUUGGGAAGGGCUGUGACCGGGAGACCUACUCUGAGAAGUCCCUUCAGAAAUUAUGUGGAGCCUCCUCUGGCAUCAUUGACCUCUUGCCAUCCCCCAGUGCUGCCACCAACUGGACCACAGGACUGCUGGUGGAUAGCAGUGAAAUGAUCUUCAAGUUCGAUGGCAGGCAGGGUGCCAAGAUCCCUGAUGGAGUUGUGCCCAAGAACCUGACCGACCAGUUCACCAUCACUAUGUGGAUGAAGCACGGCCCCAGCCCUGGAGUGAGAGCUGAGAAGGAAACCAUCCUCUGCAACUCAGAUAAGACCGAAAUGAACCGGCAUCACUAUGCCCUGUAUGUGCACAACUGCCGCCUCGUCUUCCUCUUGCGCAAGGAUUUUGACCAGGCAGACACCUUCCGCCCAGCGGAGUUCCACUGGAAGCUGGACCAGAUUUGUGACAAAGAAUGGCAUUACUAUGUCAUCAAUGUGGAGUUUCCUGUGGUCACCUUAUACAUGGAUGGAGCAACGUAUGAACCAUACCUGGUGACUAACGACUGGCCCAUUCAUCCAUCUCACAUUGCCAUGCAACUGACAGUUGGCGCUUGUUGGCAAGGAGGAGAAGUCACCAAGCCACGCUUUGCUCAAUUCUUCCACGGCAGCCUGGCCAGUCUCACCAUUCGCCCUGGCAAAAUGGACAGUCAGAAGGUGAUUUCCUGCCUGCAGGCCUGCAAGGAAGGGCUGGAUAUCAAUUCCCUGGAAAGCCUGGGCCAAGGAAUAAAGUAUCAUUUCAACCCCUCGCAGUCCGUCCUGGUGAUGGAAGGUGAUGACAUCGGGAAUAUCAACCGUGCCCUCCAGAAGGUCUCCUACAUCAACUCCAGGCAGUUCCCAACUGCGGGUGUGCGGCGCCUGAAAGUCUCUUCCAAAGUCCAGUGCUUUGGAGAAGAUGUGUGUAUCAGCAUCCCCGACAUGGAUGCCUACGUGAUGGUGCUGCAGGCGGUCGAGCCCCAGAUCACCCUCCACGGCACAGACCGCUUCUGGAGACCCGCCGCCCAGUUUGAAAGUGCCAGAGGGGUGAUCCUCUUUCCUGACAUCAAGAUUGUGAGCACCUUCACCAAAGCUGAGGCUCCCAGUGACUUGAAGACCACAGCCCCCAAAUCAGCAGUUUUAGAAGAAAUGCUUCACAACUUAGAUUUUUGUGACAUUUUAGUGCUGGGAGGGGACCUGGACCCCAGACAGGAGUGCUUGGAGCUCAACCACAGUGAGCUCCACCAGCAACACCUUGACGCCACCAACUCCACAGCAGGUUACUCCAUCUACGGUGUGGGCUCCAUGAGCCGCUACGAGCAGGUGCUGCGUCACAUCCGUUACCGCAACUGGCGUCCAGCUGCCCUGGAGUCCCGGCGCUUCAGGAUCAAGUGCUCAGAACUCAACGGGCGCUACACCAGCAAUGAGUUCAACCUGGAGGUCAGCGUCCUCCAUGAGGUCAGAGUCCCGGACAGUGAGCACGUCAACCACCUUAUCGCGCAGCCACCAUUCCUCCAGUCCGUCCACCACCCGGAGCCCCAGACUAGCAUCCAGCACAGUUCAGUGGUCCCAAGCAUUGCCACAGUGGUCAUCAUCAUCUCCGUGUGCAUGCUAGUGUUUGUCGUGGCCAUGGGCGUGUACCGGGUCCGGAUCGCCCACCAGCACUUCAUCCAAGAGACCGAGGCUGCCAAGGAAGCAGAGAUGGACUGGGACGAUUCUGCACUCACUAUCACGGUCAACCCCAUGGAGAAACACGGAGCCCCAGGGCGUGGGGAAGAGGAGACCGAGGAAGAGGAGGAGGAGGAAGAAGCGGAGGAAGACAGCUCCAGCAGCAGCGAGUCCGAGGGCAGUGAAGAAGAGGAGGAGGAAGGGGCGGGCAGGGGCAGACACGGGCAGAGUGGAGCCAGGCAAGCCCAGCUGGAGUGGGACGACUCCACCCUCCCCUACUAG